GAGUUUUUGACGGACUUUGGAGUGUGGGCGAGUGGAGCUCGGUGGUGGUGACCACCACGGGAUGGACUCACGCUCCAAUCGCGGCACUGCAGGAGGAAACACGCGCCAUUGAGGUUGAUGUGCAUGCGCUCUGACUGGCCUUUGCAGCCUAAGCACGAUCUGCGAGUGGCGGCCUCCAUUGCUGAGUUGGAGGUGUUCGUCGAAGAACAGAAGUCAAGAGACCUUUCAGCGAGAGAACUAUAGGCAACAGUUCGAUUUGAAUGAGUCACCAACACCUCUCAGGACCUCAGAUCUGUAGUCCAGAGCUGAAGCUGUGUGCAGCUUUGAAGCACCAUUAAAAACACUCCACUCAGCUCUCUGCUUCAGCCACAGACAACAGACUCAGAGACAUGACUGUCUCAGGUGAUGAGGAAGAGGUGUAGGACGUGUGCCUCUCAUCCUUUUUCUCUCCUCUGUCUGGUGUUGCUACGCCACUGACAAAAAAAACAGCACUGUGAUAACCAAGGAUUAGCAUCUGCUACUAAAUCUAAGAUGGCCAACCGAAGUGGCACUCUCUGGCCCUCGGAACACGACAUGGACAGUGAAAUCCGUGUCAUGCUGGACAACGACUCAGUGUGGCAGGAGUUCCACAGCAUCGAGACGGAGAUGCUCUUGACAAGGAAGGGGCGCCGCAUGUUUCCUUUCUGCCGCUACAGGCUGACAGGUCUGGCCCCCCGCGGCCUCUACUUCCUCGUCAUGGACUUCCAGUUACUGGACGAGCAGCGGUACCGCUGGACAGUCGAGGGCCGGGUGCCAUGCGGGCCGAGUGAGACGCAUGAGGCGCGCGGCCGUGUCUACACGCACCCAUCGUCACCCACCACGGGCUCGGUCUGGAUGGAAGAUCCGGUAGUGUUCCGCGCGGUGAAGCUGACCAGCAAUCUCCAGAACAACGACGGCCUUGUUGUGCUGCACUCCAACCACCGGUACAUCCCACGGCUGCACGUGGUGCCCUUUGACCCCUACGGGAGGAACACGGUCGACCUGGACAGCCCAGAGACGCAGACGUUCGUGUUCCCGCAGACGGAGUUCUACGCUGUCUCGUGCUACCAGAACCCCAGGCUCAUCAAGCUGAAGAUCAAGCACAACCCGUUCGCCAGCCAGUUCCGCCAUGAGGAGAUGCAGUCGGACCAGCUCAUGCAGUUACCACCAGGUGGCGCUCAUGAGUCCAGCGCUUCUCUCUCCCCCGAUUCCAAGCACGCCAAAGGCAACAAGUGGGCUAAAAAGCGCUCAUCUCUCCCCUCCUCUGCCGAGUACGGACUCGGUGCAUCUCUGGUGUUCAAGAAGAGGAUGCACCUCUCAGAGCGGUCAUUAGGCAAUGACUCCUCGCGACUCUCAGGAGGCCUGAACUGCACCGAAGAGAUGUUCUGCACGGACGACGAGAGCCACGAUGGCGACGGUGACGACGAGUCCACUCAGUGGCCUCUAAAAGCCCGACUCAGCGCCCCCUCUCUAAAGAAGCAAGUCCCUGCUAAGUUCAAGUCUCGAGCCACUGCUUCCAAAGUGUCUGCACGCACCUUCACCUCAACACCUCGGGUGAUGAAAAGGCCCUCACUGACCUCUCAGAAAACACCAAAGAUGCGCCCCCACAGGCGCAAGAGCACCGGCAGCGGGAAGAAUGCCAGGGGUUCUAACGCAGUCACAGAAGCACCUUCAGAACCAGUGGAACCAUUGGCUUGUGAGCUAGCUGUGGAUGACGUAGAGGGCAUGCUGUUUGUCUCGUUCUCUAGCAAGGAUUCUCACGAUACCCAUGUGCCUUUGAAGAGGCAGCCACCUCCGUUGCCCCCACAGCCUCCGUUGCCUCCGCCACCUCCGUCGCCUCCAUCUAAGUGCCCCCCUGUCCUGCAGGUCCAGGUGGCAACCAGGGCAACAGAACCUGAGGAAGUUACUGGAGAAGGUCCAGAGGUCCAGCAGGAGAGUAUUGUGCAGCUGCAGAAGGUGUUGCUGUUGGAUCUGGGGUUUAACAAACACAGACAGGUCAUCCAUCCUGCUCUACAACAGGUUGGCCUGAAGCUGAAUCUGGUGGAUCCUGAAGUGGCUAUAGAUUUGCAGUACCUGGGCGUGGCCCUGCCCCUGCCGCCCUUCCCACAAUCCUGUGCAGAAGGGACCAUUCCAUUUGUUUCGCGCACAGGGAAGACCAAUGACCUCACUAAGAUAAAAGGCUGGAGAGACAAAUAUAGCAGCUCUUCAGACCUCCCCUCUGGCCCACCACAAGAGAGAGCGGUGAAGGUGCCGUCUGCGUUCAGCAGUGAGCUGCUGGAUGAGUACCUGGAGAGUGAAGGCCAGAGCAUCAGUGAGCGGGCAGAGACCUUCUCCUCCUUCUCCGACCCGGCCGCUGCUGCAGCUGCCGCUGGCGUGGCCUACAGCUUGCCCUCCAGGGGCAGCAGCUACGUGCGCACCUUAGACAGCGUGCUCAAGAGCCACGUUGCAACCGCCAUCGCCACCACCAGCGCCAGGCCAACAGCGGCCACGCGCAGUCCCACGUGGCCAGCUGGUACCAGUAACGCCAAGCCAAGUCCUAAACCUGGCCCUAAUUCUCACCAAGUGCCCGUCCACUCACUCAAACACAGUCCCAUCCCGGGCGGCAUGUCUCCAGGCGUGUCACAGUCGUGGGGCUCCAGAGCGCACCCUGGUGGCAAGGCACCGCUGAAGCGGGACGCCAGUUUAGGCGUCAGCCGCUACACGGGCUUCACGGUGUCACAGCGCCACCUUCAGGCCUUGGAGAAGCAUGCGUUCUGCCGUGGACACACCGACACCUACAUCACCACAGAGAGGGCCACCGUCGCUCUGAGCGUGCUCCUCACGGCACAGGGCUCCGUGAAGGCGGACCGCGUGAGCUGGACGACGGCGGACGUGCUGGGCCCGUGCCAGAGGGACUGCUGCAGGCUGGGGUGUGUGUGUCUCAGCCUGACCAGGGAGCCGCGCGGGCCCACACACUGCCGCAGGCCCCAGUGCAUGUUCGAGUGUGCGUGCUUCAGGCACCGGGUGCUGCUCGUGAGGCCUCAUCCCGACAGCAACACCAAAAACAACACCAAGACCGGCGCCCAGGGGUGGAGGAAACGGCACGUAGAGAAGACCGCCGACGAGGACCCAAAGUUACUGGCUUACCCCAUCUCUGACGCUGAUAAGAGCCCCAGGCCAUCCCCAGGCCAGCGUGUGCGUGUGCUGUGGGAGGGCAGAGCCAGUGAGACGGACCCUGAGCCCCUGUACAGACCGGAGAGGCAGCGUGUCGACACAGACAGGACCUCUGUCCUCUCAGUAGCACUCUCCAAACCAGCCAGCAGAUCCCAGCCCAGGGGUGGUGGUCGUAGGGUGGAUGAGGUGGAGAAGGACAGUCCGGUGUACAUGUACUUUGACAGCAUGAUGACGUGUGCGCGCGUGCGGCCCAUCAAUAGCAUGCCGCCGCCCCAGAUGCACAUCCUACCUUUCGCCGUGACCGACAGAGCAAAGGAGAAAGCUCAUCCGUCUCCUGAGACUUCUGUAGGCAAGUUAGACGCCGCACCCUCCCAGAAGUCUGCGCAAGUGGCCCAGAAGCAAGUGCUGGAGACGGAGGCCCAGCCCACCAAGCUUCUGGAGAUCGUCUCCGAGUGCAACUGGGAACCGCACCGCAACCUGGUCCUGAGCGCGCUCAACAGGCGCCUGAAACUAAACCUACUGACGCCGUCGUUCCGGCUGGGGUUCUACCGCGUGCGUUUGCUAUCCACCGACCGGCAGAAGGGUCUGAACCACUCCACCAUCACCUACAAGCUCAGCAUCUCACACAUCGAUAAUGACAGUGACGACUCCGCGGAGAAGAAGUCGCAGAAGAAACCGAAGCUCCAGCCGCCACAGCCCCCAAAGCCUGGCUACCUCAAGGCCUUCAAGCUCAGGCCCAGUGGCUCCCCCAACAGGCUGGUUGAGGUGAACGGGAAACACUAUGCAAAAGCCAGACUCAUGCUGGGUCGAAUGGGAGCACUGCAUCCAGCCAAUCGGCUUGCAGCGUUCGUCACGGGCCGGAUGGUGACCUUACCUCAGACGGAGGCUGAAGAGAGGCUCAGGGCAGCGGUCAGAAAGACCUCCGAGGCUCUAAGCUCCUCGGCCGCGUCCUCCCAAACCCAAGAGACCUCUGUGGAAGAGAGGGCAGCGGUCAGAAAGACCUCCGAGGCUCUAAGCUCCUCGGCCGCGUCCUCCCAAACCCAAGAGACCUCCGUGGGAGAGAGGGCACCUGAACCACUGGCUGAUGCUCCUCCAAAAGAACCUUGUGCCUCUCAGCUUCUCUACAUCCCCAUUGGUUCUCCCGAUGGAGUCACGCCUCCUGCCCAAUCAACCCUUGACCCUGCCGGUUUGGUGACCCACGCCCAGAAGGUCAUGCUGAAGCCAGUGGGCAGCACCCAGAAGGGUGCCCUCUACCGUCAGCCCAACGGCCAGCUGGUGCAGCUAGUGCCCCUGAAGCCGCUCCAGGCCAUCAGGCCCAAACCCACCCUAGGUUCUGCUCCAGGCAUUCAGAGUGUCUUCCUUACACCCAGUGGUCCUUGGCCAGAAAACUCCUCUUCCUCUCAGGACGGAAGCACAGACCCAGACACUCCUCCUGUCACUCCAGACGCCUCAGCUGUCGUAGCCAAGCGCUUCUCGCUGUCAGGGAAGAGCACCAUGUGCAUCUCUCAGGGUUCCGCAGCCGUCAGAACCCUGCCUGGAGUCGGAGCCUUCUCCUUCAGGAUCUGCCCUCCCUCGGAGCAGUCCAAACCGCAGGCACUGGACUCGCAGGCGCUCGGGGAGGACCAGAACCCUUCUCAGAACACGAGCUCCUCUCUUGCACUGCCAGGGGGGUUCACGCUGAUUCAGCUGCCAAAGGCUUCUGACGGGGAGGUGAAGAUGUCUGUGGGGGGUGCUAAGACCGCUGCAGCAGCAUUCCCUCAGGUUAUUGACAAAUCAUACGGAACGUUGUCCAGAAAGGGUUCUAAAAUCGCUGGAAUGUCUAAGCUGGAUACUCAAAUCACCGGAACGUUGGUGAAAGAGAGGAAGAAGAUCGUUGCCCCUGUGGUGAUUCCACCAAUGGUCUUGGGAACACCGAAGCCUAGCUACAUAUCACCUAGAACAAUCAAACAGGGUUCUGGAACACCUCAGGCUAGUAACACAUCAAUUAGAACCUCCAGACAGGCUUCUGAAACACCUCAGGCUAGUAACACAUCAAUUAGAACCUCCAGACAGGCUUCUGAAACACCUCAGGCUAGUAACACAUCAAUUAGAACCUCCAGACAGGCUUCUGAAACACCUCAAGUUAGUAACAUAUCACAUAGAACAUCCCAACAGGAAUCUGGAACACCUCAGGCUAGUAACGCAUCAUUUAGAACCUCCAGACAGGCUUCUGAAACACCUCAAGUUAGUUACAUAUCACAUAGAACAUCCCAACAGGAUUCUGGAAUACCUAAGGCUAAUGUAGCUGCAGUUCCUCCCAAGGCCACCGGGACAAUGCACAGAGGUCCUGAAAUCCAGCAGUCCUCAGAGCGGGGCACAAAGGUCCUCUCCACACCGGAGCCCCUAAACCACAUCAUUAAAGAACGGCAGCGCCGCGUGGUCCAGGAGAACGGCUUCAAGAGGCUCAAAGAGGUGCUGCGCAUCAGCAACCUCAAGGUCACCCAGCAGGACAUCCUGGACCAGGCACGGCUCAUCAUUGGCGCAUUGAAGACCAGAGAGAGGAGCUUGGAGAGGAGGAAGGCAGCCCUGCGUGACACGCAGUCCGUCUACAUCAAGACCAUCUCAGACCUGUCCGGGAAGUCGGAGGAGCAGAUCAGGAAGAAGCUGCAGGAGACGAGCAAGCGGCAGCGUCUGCUGGAGCAGUACCGCCAGAGGCAGAACGAGCGCAACAAGCCCAGCCAGACGCAGCUCACGGCCAAGGAGUGCGACUGGCUCACCGAGCGCUUCGCCAUCUGGAAACGCCACAAGAGGAAGCGCAAGAGGAAGCAGCUGCUCGAGGACCAGGAAGAGGAAGCUACUGGAGUGGAGCCCGCCGUGGGGACCCUCAAACCCAGCUGGCGCUCAGACGUGAAGGCCAGAGACUCUCCUGAGCUCCGAGCUGCUCUGCUGACGCCGGGAAGCAACGCAGCGCAAGUUAGCAGUUCUAGCCAGCUGUCAUCACCUAGCAACAGUGGUGCACAAGGACAGCAGAAUAUUCCAUCAUCGGGAUUAGAUAUAAACAAGGUGCUAUCGCUACUCAAGGUGAAAUCCCUGCCCCCUCAAUACAGCCAUUUAGGCGCACCUGUGAAACUGCUCCUCGUCCCAGUCUUGAAAAACGUUGGCAAACCUGAUGAGAAAGCUGAUGCAGAGGCCAAAGACCCGGCAGCGUUGACGGACACCCCGAGCACUGCCGACGCCACGGAGACAUUCUCUGUGCAUGCUGGGAAAGUCACCUUCAGUCCUUUUUCACUCAAUCCUGGGACAACAGAGGGACCAUCCGUCUGCAAUGGCAGAGAUCUGAAAGGAAAUUGCCGGGCUGUGGACAGCUCUGAUGACCACUCCGAGUCACUGGCAGAGGAUGCUGGGAACAUCUCCCCUAGUGGGCCGGUAGAUGCCUCAAGCUCGGAACACAAGAACGAGAGUCGGCCCAAAGAGGUCCCUACUCCAGGGGGAGGGGAGGUUCCGGGCUGCAACAUUGAGAAACCGGAAGAGCAGCCAUGUUCAGAUGUUGCCAUCACCACGGAGACGGCAGAACAUCAGUGUGUGGACGAGAGCGUGUCUGCAGCUGAGGCCAAUAUGGCGAAUGUGCAUGCAAAGCAGCCAGCUCCAACACCAACACCCCUCGUGGAGAACGGUGUCCCAAAACGCAAACGAGGCAGGCCACGCAAGCAUCCCAAGGCUGAACGAGGCAGGCCACGCAAGCAUCCCAUGGCUGACGACCCCACACCCAAAGCCCAGCCUGCACCACCACCACCCAAAACCCAAUCUGCUGCACCACCACCCAAAACCCAGUCUGCUGCACCACCACCCAAAACCCAAUCUGCUGCACCACCACCCAAAACCCAGCCUGCACCACCACCACCCAAAACCCAAUCUGCUGCACCACCACCCAAAACCCAGUCUGCUGCACCACCACCCAAAACCCAGUCUUCUUCCAAACACUCUCCCAGGCUACAGGCUCGUCAUCUACGGAGCCACUUGCCGGUGACCACACGUACACACACACGAAGAGGAAAGAGGAGGGGACGGAGAUGAGAAAACACACACACACACACACACACACACACGGAAGGGAUACUGAGGAGCCCACACACUAAGCAGCAAAGAAAGACAUGAGACAUACACGAGCGAAGAGAAGAAUUUCACUACUGGAGAAUAAUGCUUUGACAAGGAGAAAACUGAAAUGAGUUUUCCAUCCAUCCAUCCCACAGACAACAGGAAGCUCGCAUGAGUGUUACAUUUCCCUUUAUUUACAUAGCAGAUGACCUCGAGCCCUCUGAUUUCUAUAAGCUAAAUUAUGAAACAACACAGCACUGUACAACUGCAGGAAUCCAUAACCACUCAGGAAUGUUUCACACUGAAAACAACUCUAAACAAAUGUCUGUUGCAUUGAUGUGUUUUUUGUUUUCUACUGAAUUACUAAACCAAUGUCUUUGAGUUGAUGUGUUUUGUUUCCUACUGAAUCACAAGGAAGAAUACUACAGCAAAAAAUAGAGCAGACCCUAUUUCUCGAGUGUUUUCAUAAAGCAUUAAAUUAAUGUGUUGCUAAUGCAUGAAUCAUUGGUGAGCACGAACGUUAACUCUACCCCAUAUUGGGGACUUCCUUUUUGCUUUAAACAUUCCGGUCUCUACCUACAAGAGUGCAUAUUUAAGUGCCUGAACAAUAAAUUGUGAUGAUACAGGUUUCUUCUUUAGACACGUAAAAUAUUGGGUUGUAGAUUGUAUUGUAAACCAUAGAGUUGAUCAUGCCUUCUGUAGUUGUGAGAACGCCACUGUGAUUUGUUCAAUAAACUAACCCUGAAAAGUG